UAGGAAGAGGAGGAGUGGCCUGGACCGGCAGCCGACCGACCGUCACUUACAAACUGGAGCGGUGCUCCUUUCCGAAGAUCACUUGCUCACCUGCACGGCCACGGUGGGACUGAGACGGAGAGACACACACAUGCUCACGGGGAGAGAAGGAGGCAAAGAUCAACUCCCUGCUCCCGGGCACCGUUCAGCACAUUGACCAUUGAAAGGACGUCUGUCACUCACCGGCUGACGAAAUGAGCAAGAAGAUGGAGGACGAGGCCGUGCUGGACCGCGGUGCGUCCCUCGUCAAGCACAUCUGCGACCAGGAGGAAGUGGAAGGUCACCACACCGUUUACAUCGGCGUGCGGGUGCCCAAGAGCUACCGGCGUCGGCGGCGCCACCGUCGCCAAAAGCCCGGCCACAAGGACAGGAAGGAGCGUACGGCGGAAAAUGCGUCCGACCGGUCCGACAAUGAGAACAACGACGAGGCCGGCAAUAGCAUCCUCAAACCCCUCAUCUCGCCGGCCGCCGAGAGGAUCCGCUUCAUCCUCGGGGAGGACGAUGACGGGCCGCCGCCCCCUCAGCUCUUCACCGAGCUGGACGAGCUGCUGUCAGUGGACGGCCAGGAGAUGGAGUGGAAGGAGACGGCCAGGUGGAUCAAGUUUGAGGAGAAGGUAGAAAAAGGCGGUGAGCGCUGGAGCAAACCUCACGUGGCCACCUUGUCCCUGCAUAGCCUGUUUGAGCUGCGCACCUGCAUCGAGAAAGGAACCAUCAUGCUGGACAUGGAGGCGUCCACUCUGCCUCAGGUGGUCGAGCUGAUAACAGACAACCAGAUCGAGAACGGUCAGCUGAAGCCUGAAUUCAAGGACAAGGUGAUGUACACGCUGCUGCGCAAACAUCGCCACCAGACCAAGAAGUCCAACCUGCGUUCGCUGGCCGACAUCGGCAAGACUGUCUCCAGCGCAAGUAGGCUCUUUUCCAACCAGGAGAACGCCCGUAGUCCUCUGGAGACCUCUGUGACGUGCCUGUCGAGCGGCAUCUCAAUGGAGGACUUGCAGAGUCAAAGGAGCACCAGCAUGGAUUGGCUCAAUAGUCCCACCACCACCCACCGAAAUCUGACCUCCAGCAGCCUGAACGACAUCUCUGACAAGCCGGAGAAAGACCAGCUGAGGAACAAAUUCAUGAAGAAGUUGCCCAGAGAUGCUGAGGCCUCCAACGUGCUGGUGGGCGAGGUCGACUUCCUGGAUGCGCCCUUUGUGGCCUUUGUGCGUCUGCAGCAGGCCGUGAUGCUCGGCGCCCUGACCGAAGUUCCCGUUCCAACAAGAUUUUUAUUUGUCCUGCUCGGGCCCAAAGGUAAAGCCAAGUCGUAUCAUGAGAUUGGACGAGCCAUCGCUACGCUCAUGUCAGACGAGGUGUUCCACGACAUUGCGUACAAGGCCAAGGACAGGCAGGACCUGCUGGCCGGCAUCGACGAGUUCUUGGACGAGGUGAUCGUGCUGCCUCCUGGCGAGUGGGAUCCUGCUAUCCGGAUAGAACCACCUAAAACACUGCCGUCCUCCGACAAAAGGAAAAACAUGUAUGCGGGUGGUGACCCUCAGAUGAAUGGCGACAUGCCUCACGACGGCGGUCACGGAGAAGGCGGGCACGCCGUGGGUGAGGAGCUGCAGAAGACAGGAAGGUUUUGUGGCGGCCUACUGCUGGACAUCAAAAGAAAAGCGCCUUUCUUUCUCAGCGACAUCACCGACGCCUUCCACAUACAGGCCCUGUCUGCCAUCCUUUUCAUCUACCUGGGCACCGUCACCAACGCCAUCACCUUUGGCGGGCUUCUGGGCGACGCCACGGAGAACAUGCAGGGUGUUCUGGAGAGCUUCCUGGGAACGGCCAUCACGGGCGGUGUCUUCUGCCUGCUGGCCGGCCAGCCGCUCACCAUCCUCAGCAGCACCGGACCUGUCCUCGUCUUUGAACGCCUCCUUUUCAACUUCAGCAAGGACAACGAAUUCAACUACCUGGAGUUCCGCCUCUGGAUCGGCCUGUGGUCAGCAUUCCUGUGUCUGGUGCUGGUGGCCACCGAUGCCAGCUACCUGGUCAAGUACUUCACACGCUUCACCGAGGAAGGCUUCUCGGCCCUCAUUAGCUUCAUCUUCAUCUACGACGCCUUCAAGAAGAUGAUCAAGCUGGCACACCACUACCCCAUCAACUCCGACUUUCGCAUGGAGCACGUCACGCAGUACGACUGCCUCUGCAUGGCGCCCACUGUCCUCGAAAACAACUCAGAUUUCACCGGCGACCCCUUAGAGGGCACCUCCAUCUGGUUCUGGAACAACACGGAUCUGCCCAUGAACGCCACGUGGUCGUCGCUCAGCCGGACAGAAUGCUUGAAGUACAACGGUGAGCUGGUGGGCAAGGCUUGCGACGUCGUGCCCGACAUCGCGCUCAUGUCCUGCAUCCUCUUCUUCGGAACAUACAUCUGCUCCAUGGGCCUGAAGACGUUCAAGACCAGCCCCUUCUUCCCCACCACCGUGAGGAAACUCAUCAGUGACUUUGCCAUUAUCCUGACUAUCCUUAUCUUCUGCGGUGUGGACGCAAUGGUCGGUGUGGACACGCCCAAACUCAUAGUGCCAACUGAAUUCAAGCCGACAAGCCCUCUCCGAGGCUGGUUUGUGCCGCCCUUUGGGGGCAACCCCUGGUGGGUGUACCUGGCGUCGGCCCUGCCCGCCCUGCUGGUCACCAUCCUGAUCUUCAUGGACCAGCAGAUCACUGCGGUGAUCGUCAACAGGAAGGAGCACAAGCUCAAGAAAGGUGCGGGCUACCAUCUGGAUCUGUUCUGGGUGGCCGUGCUGUUGGUGGUGUGCUCCUUCAUGGGCCUGCCGUGGUACGUGGCGGCCACCGUCAUCUCCAUCGCUCACAUCGACAGCUUGAAGAUGGAAACGGAAACGUCGGCGCCUGGGGAGCAGCCCAAGUUCUUAGGAGUCAGGGAGCAGAGGGUCACUGGCAUAAGUGUGUUCAUGCUUACUGGACUGUCGGUGUUCAUGGCUCCCAUUUUAAAGUUCAUCCCUAUGCCGGUGCUGUAUGGAGUCUUCCUGUACAUGGGAGUGGCCUCUCUCAAAGGAGUUCAGUUCAUGGACCGUCUAAAGCUGCUGCUGAUGCCGGCCAAGCACCAGCCCGACCUGAUUUAUCUGCGACACGUGCCCCUCAGGAAGGUCCACCUGUUCACCUUCAUCCAGGCGCUCUGCCUGGCCCUGCUCUGGAUCCUCAAGUCCACCGUGGCAGCCAUCAUCUUCCCCGUCAUGAUCCUGGCGUUGGUGGCCGUGAGGAAGGCCAUGGAUUACAUGUUCUCGCAGCACGACCUCAGCUUCUUGGACGACGUCAUCCCCGAGAAAGACAAGAAGAAGAAAGAGGAUGAGAAGAAGAAGUGCAGCAGCCAAGACAGCGAUGCCGAUGACUCUGACUAUCCUUACAAUGAGAAUGUUCCCAGCAUUAAAAUUCCCAUGGACAUGAUGGAGCAGGAACCCUUCUUAGGUGGUCAGGCCACAGACACAGAGAAAUCAGCUUCGUUCCUCGAGCAACACACCUCGUGCUGAGCAGCUUCGCUACUACCAGGCCAACUGCUUGUCCAGCCGCGAGAUGAGUCCGCUGAAGCCGGUGCCUCAAAUUAGAAUAGACAUGGACCCGGACGACGGCAACCCUUUCUACUGGCGGAGCCGAGGAUCCGAGACGUCUCUCUAGGCCUGCCAAGACUCCACCCGGAGGGGGGGGGGGCAUCCAGGGCCGAGACCCCCCCACCCCCACCAUCUUCUUCUUCUACUACAAAUCAGAACAAGCAAGCUAACUCUACUACUUCUUCUAUGCAACUGCAGCUCUGUCUUACCGCGCAUGGAGUUCCCUCCCUGCUUCGUUUUAUAUCUAUCAUCCAUCUAUACUUUUAUAUGUACAAAUAUAUAAAUACAAAUCUCUUAUAUAUUAUGAUAACAUUUUCCUGUAGCAGGAAAAGUACAUUUUAAUAGUCUACCUCUUGUUUCAAACGAACACGUGUCGAUUGAGCUGGGGAUUUGCUGUAUCAUAGACGGAAAAGGGGUGCUUAUGUGAUUAAAUAGUUAUUAACGGUUAAUGGACAAGACACAGAUUUUGAUUUAUUUUUAUUAAUUAAAUCAGAGUUUAUUUUAUUUCAUUUUUUAAUGAUUCUGUUUUUGUGUGUUGGUAACUUUUGCGUACGUCGGGUUUUCCUCAGCUAUAAGCGAUAUCGUGUUUGCGAUACGUUACCUUUCAAGUGGCUUAUAAGGUCCAUUCAGACUAGUAUUCAUAAUAUAAUAAAAAUCUGUGACAUUCAUGACUAAUCAAAACUGACAUUUAUAACUCAUAAAUAUUAGCCUUUUCAUUUUCUUUUUUUAAAACAAGUUAUCUUAAACACACGCACACACACACAAAAUCCCCUAUUCUAGUUCUGGAAAAUAAAAAAUCUUUAUGACAUUGCGCUAUUUAGCUUAACUCAUUCACUGCCAGCCUUCCCAGUUAACAUGGAUAUUUGACUUCUAAAGCCGUCAAUGGCAGUAAAUGUGUUAACAUUACGACUGGUAGGUGACUCCAAAAUUACCUUAAUUAAAAUAUAUAUAUCUGUUGAUCACUGAAAUUUAUUUCAAGUAGCUUUGGUCCCCAGAAAGACAAGUGUCCUGUGUCUUGUAAUCCAGGCGGCUUUCUAGCGCAAAAAAUUGGCAUCUCAAAUUGGACAGUGUCUUGAGUUUUGGGUAUGUUCGGGGAGUGCUCAAUACGCGUAAUAAAAACCUCGUUUUUAACUAAACUAUAGUUGACAACUUGCUGGAAGUGAAAUUUUACUCCUGAAAUUCCCCAAAUAUAAUCUCUAAAUCUAAUAAAUAUGGAACACUGGCUAUAGUCCCAGUAAAAGAAACUUUCAUGUGACCUGUAAUCCAAACGUUUCAACCUAUUUGUCACCUCCAUGGGGACACUAAACGAUUCUAAAAGAUAACUUGAAGUCAUAAACUGUUGCAAAUACCACAUCUAAAAAUGAUACAUACUGUAUUUUUCUGUAGCCCCUGUAAAGAAACUGCCCUGUGUGAUCCUAAAUGAUUCGAAAGCAAAACAUUUUUCAGUAAACUCCUCAGAUAGCACCUCUUAAAACAUUAAAUAUUUCUCUCGAGCCCCUGUAAAGAAACUGCCUAGUGUCCUGUAAUCCAGGCGUCAUUCUAGCAACGGAUUUGUCAUCUAAAGGGUGACCCUGAACUAUUCAAAAAGGUUUUUUUCAAAUCUUAAACACCCCGAAUAUCACAUCUAAAAAUAAUAACUCUUUCUUGUGUUUUCACUGUCUCAAGCCUCUCUAAAGAAAUUGUACUGUGUCCUGUCAUCCGGGUGGCACUGUAGCAACAGAUUUGACAUCUCAAGGGUGACGGUAAACUAUUCUAAAGUGAAUUUUUCGUUUUAAAAAAAUAAAACAAAAAAACAUUAAAAAGCACUAUAAUUUAUUCUAAGUAGCUUUGAUCAGCAGAAAGAAAAGUAUCCUAUGUCCUGUAAUCUCGGUGACACUCUAGCAACAGAUUUGACAUCCCUAGGAUGGAAAUGAUUCGAUAGGUUUUAGUCAAAAAUCUCCUUAAAAACUAGUAAAUUCUAUUGAGUAGCCUCAGUGUGUCUUGUAUCCUGUAAUUUAGGCGACACUGUUAAACAGAGUUGACGAAGUGACUGGUAAUCUGCAAUUAUCAAGUGUGUUUAUGACUGGUCAUUUACAGAAGCGGUUUGUUUGUUUGUCCCACUUCAAGAUAUGUAUUCACACCAUUUAGAAUAUAAAGGCUGUCACAUUGUGGAUGUUGCGAAGGGUUUCCAAUUGCACCGAAGAGCAGAAUGGCCUAUUUAACAGCAUGUUAGCAUGUUAGCCCAUCAGCCAAAGUAACGAUAUGAUAUUUAUAAUCCACGUUUUUUGUUGUUGUUUUUUUUUUGCCAAAACAAAUAUAAUAAUAAUCAAUACAUUUAUGAGUUAUGAACGGGCAUAAAAACAUAAGCUUUUUUUUCUUGUUUGACUGUUGAUUAACCUUUUGGGUGACUUUUGAGAGUACGUACUUUAGACAUUCUAUUUUUCAAAUGAAAUGUAUAUUGAAAAUAAAAAUGUAUUAAACGGA